AUGAAGAACACAAUUCCAGUUGCCCAGAUUAAAGAAAAUGCUCGUGGGUGGACAACGUUGAUUCAAGUUGUCGAGAGGGGCAAGAUAUUGGUCAGUCAAAGAGACACCGCCAUCUCAUAUCGUCAUUUUGUAUUUGCAGACUCUGAUGGGACAAAAGUAUCCGCAGUUGCAUAUAACAAUAAUAUCAGGGCAUCUUCAACACUUUUGCUGCCAUUCAAGAAGUACUAUGUAUCUGGGGCUACACUGAAGAAGGCAGAUGAUAGGUACAAAAAGGGCCCUUAUCCAUUCACAUGGACGAUCAAUAAUAACACAUUGAUUCAACCCUGUGAGGAUGAAGCUGCUGACCAACUCUUUUGCCACAUAGAGUGCCAAAGGUUUGCUGAUCUACACCGGUUUGUCGACAUGGAAGACUUGCAGAACAUUCAAGGUGUGGUGGUACACGCAUUUGAGGUGAAGCAAAUUGGCUUAGACUCUGUGAAUAGGGACAUUGUGUUGGUCAAUAAUGAGUAA